AAUGAGAGUAUCAUACGCUGCGAUUGAUAAUAUAUUACUUCAUUUUAAAUGCAGUACAAGCAUUUUCAUAUCCAAUGCAAUUUCCGAUUGUAAACUUAAUGAUGUAUUUUGCGGUUAUAGCUUUAAAAAUGACAUAUUAUCGCCUUUUCAAUGGGAGAUUAAUAGAAAUUUGAAAGAUAAUCUAUAUCAAUUCAAUUUAAAUGGAUAUUCAAAAUUGGAUGACGAAGCUUUACUAAUAAUCCCAAAAUUAAAGACAACCAAGGCUAAUAGAUUGUGUUUAUCAUAUAAAUUAGAUUCUAAUAUGGAAUUCGAAUGGAAUGUUGUGGCAAUAUCAUUAAAAAGUAAAUCGAAAUCUGUAUUAAAAAGUCACGUAAUGGAUAGAUUUCAUAGAAAUACAUGGAUAACUUAUAUUAAUGAUAAGGCUGAAAUGGUAUUAAGGAAGAAAUAG